UGCGCCUACGGACCCGGCAGUUUCCUGCGAGUUGAGCGGUCCGGGUACCCUACCGCGGGACAACGCCACGAGCGUCAGGGCUUCCCGCGGCUCGUAGGCAUGGCCUCCUUGCUCGCCAAGGACACCUACCUGCAGGACCUGGCCAGGAAGAUCUGCGUUCAGCGCGGCCCCGAGCGGCCGAAGCGCGAGCGGGGUAACGCGGGAUUGGCCGGGUCGGCCCGGGGCCGGGCCUGGGCCUGCAGCGGUUUUCCCCACCUGAUGGCCCGAGCGCCCCUUGCAGAACAGAGCCUGCACUUUGCCGGGAGGAAGCAGCGCUUUUGACAGCUGCCCCGUCGCCGUUUCCUGUGUCAGCCCGAACCCCUGCGCUAAGAGGAGACUCGGCCGGCGCGGGUGGCUCGGGGACAGUGGGGAGAUCGGUUGGGCAGAAGAGCCUUUCCCGGAGCCUGCGGAGAAGGAGGGAAAAAGAGGGUUUAGGGUCUCCCCCAGAGGGGAACGCAGGAGUGGGGCCUGCAAGUGGACCCCGAGGAGGUCAGCAGGGUUCCCAGGGAACUAGCAAAUACAUCAUAGGAUUCCUUCUGGUAAAAAGAAAAUGCUUGGGGCUGGGGAUUUAGCUCAGCGGCAUAAGCACCUGCUUUGCAAGUGCAUGGUCGUGAGUUUGAUCCCUGGUACCGAUAAAAAUAAAUAAAAGAAAAUGCUUGUUAUACGAAAUUUUGAAAUUUAAGCAAGUUUCUCGCUCUUAGUUGUAACCACAUUUUGUCUUUCUAGGCUUUGUGUGUGAGUUGUGAACUUUGAAACUGUAGUUUACAUUCUGUUGUGGAAUUUAAAUUGUGCAUAUUUUCCUCACCCCUGAAAGUGAGAGCCUGCUGCAAAUGGAUGUUUGGGGGGGGGGGUUCCUGGUUUUCUCUUAGAUAAUGUUAUGGGAAUACCCUUGAAGCUGGACCUUCUUGGGUAAUUCUUACAGUAGAAUGCGUGCGAAGGUGUUUGGUUUUUGAUCUGUGGUUACUCUGCUCCUAGUCAGUGUGUGGUUCCAGCUUUGGGAAGGAUAGGGCCUGCUGGCCCCUGCGCCAUGCUUCUCUCAGUGCAUGCUUGCUGGUAAAGCUCAAGGUUCAGAAGCUGCUGGACCACCAAAAAAGAAAAGGAAGAAGACACAAAAGAAGUCCCGAGAGGGGAAACAGAAAUCUUCAGAGCACAAGGCCAAGUCUGUGGAGGUGAAAUCUCCAGUGGCUUCUGGGGCCAGAAAGCCAGCAGCAGUGAUGCAGGAGGAGGUUUCCAGUGCCACGAGAGCCCCUGCAGAUGGCCGUGCCACAGAACCUGGCUCCGUUUUUGCCUUGGACAUCCUGAGAGAGCGACUGCACAAGAAGAUCCAGGAGGCCCGGGGCCAGGGCAGCACCAUGGAGCUGUCUGCGACCACUCUGGAGAAACGGCGCCGGAGAAAGCAGGAGCGGGAACGCAAGAAGAGGAAACGGAAGGAGCUGCUUGCCAAGAAGAAGGCAGCCCAGGCUGAGGAGGCUCAGGAGAAGGAGGAAGUGGCCAAGGUGGCUCCAGGGACUGCCUGUGCAAAGCCCAAAGAGCCAGUGCUGAUUUUCAACAAGGUGGAGGUGAGCGAAGAGGAGCCAACCAGCAAGGCCCAGCGCAGGAAGGAGAAGCGGCAGCAGGUGAAGGGGAACCUGACGCCGCUGACAGGCAGGAACUACCGGCAGCUGCUGGAGCGCCUGCAGGCGCGGCAGAGCCGACUAGAGGAACUGCGGGAGCAGGAUGCGGGCAAGGCCCAGGAGCUGGAGGCCAAGAUGAAGUGGACCAACCUGCUGUACAAGGCAGAGGGCGUGCGCAUCCGGGACGACGAGCACCUGCUGGAGGAUGCGCUGAAGCGCAAGGAGAAGCGGCGGGCGCAGCGGCAGCGCCGCUGGGAGAAGCGCUCAGCGCAGGUGGUGCAAAAGAUGCAGCAGCGGCAGGACAAGCGGCGCCAGAACCUGCGAAAGAAGCAGGCAGCUCGGGCCGAGCGGCGCCUGCAGAAGGCCCGAAAGAAGGGCCGGGUGCUGCCACAGGACCUGGAGCGAGCCGGCCUCGCCUGAGCCCUGCUGUGACCCUUGCCUGGCCCAGUGUCCAGCACAGUUCUUUCUGCACCUUCCCACCUGUGGCUGCUGUCUCUGCCCAGGCGCUGUGGUGCUGCGCUGUCCCCUAGUCCCUAGACCUCAGGUCCCCAUGAGAGGACACGGUCCUGGUGUCCCAGAACUGGGACCCCGCAGCUGGGAUUGUGUAUCCAUGCAAGAGUUACCUUAGUCACGUCCUCAGAUCGUGGUGUGGGGUCACCCAGGUCCCCCAGCAGCCUGUGAGGUGGGAGCACCUCUGGAAGCUUUCCAGUUAGGAAGAAGAAGCCGGGUGGCAGCCAGGAGAUUGGGCCACAGCUGCCUUAUUUCAGUCCUCAGCAGGGAGGGGGCAGCUGGCUUCACAGAAGCUGCAGGGACCAGGUGCGAUUCCGAGUCUGGAUACCAAGGCUCCCACCAAGCCAGUGUUCUCUGUAGUCCCUCAUGGUGUCCUCACAGCUCAGAACCCAGGGCAGGAGUAUCUCCCCAGAUCCCGGCCACAUGGACGCAUCUGGGCAGCCACUGGCUUGAGGGCCAUGGUUGGCACCUCUUGGAGCUGGUACCAGAAGCAUGGGUGGGGCAGUGGUGUAGACAUGGUUAGGAAGCCUGGGUGUUCCUCCAGGCAGCAAAUCCACCUAGCUGAGCCUGCAGCUGGUGAGAAAUGGGGCAGACAGGCUCCAGUGAGCAGCGCUUUCCUGUGCUCAAGGCUCCCUGGCUGUGCUGUGUUGUGGAGUCUCAUCUGACAGGAAGCUAGGCGAGUGUCAGGCCCAGCAGCUGGGCAAGUCCUGGGAUUGGGGACCCUCAGGUCUUCCUUGAGCUGUGCUGUCUGCCUGUAGGAGUGGACAGACAGCAGCCUCUGGGCUGUGACCACCUGGGGAAGGGAGCUGGGCCUGAGCACUUUGUCCCAGGCAGGGCUCCUGUCCAGGCACUUGGUCCUGGCCUGGCCACUGUGGAUGGUGGUGUGAGCUGUCCCCUUCUCCUGGCUUCUAUCCUUCAAGGCGAGACCCCAAUAAAUGGCUUUCACUGCUAA